AUGGCUCCCACAAUGAAGCAAUGGAUUGUGCAAGACAAAGAGAACGGCUUUGACGGCCUGGUCUUUCAACAGAGUGCUCCUGUCCCCAAAGUCGGCGACAAUGAGGUGCUUGUCAAGUUGGAAGCCGCGUCGCUAAAUUACCGCGACUUGAUCAUUCCGAAGGGCCUGUACCCCUUCCCUAUCAAACUCCCUGUCGUUCCCGCCUCCGAUGGCGCCGGCGAAGUGAUCGAAGUCGGCUCCAAGGUCACCGAGUUCCAGAAAGGCGACAAGGUGGUCACGGUCUUCAACCAGGGCCACCAGUAUGGCGAUAUUGAUGUCCAAGCCACGAAGACCGGCCUCGGUGGUGUGAUCGACGGCGCUCUGCGCCAGUAUGGCGUAUUCGACGAAAAGGGCCUUGUCAAGGCCCCUGCGAACCUCAAUGCACUCGAGAAUAGCACCCUUACCUGCGCGGCUUUGACCAGCUGGAAUGCGUUGUAUGGUCUCAAGCCGCUGAAGCCGGGCCAGACUGUGCUGGUGCAGGGGACUGGCGGUGUGAGCAUGUUCGGUUUGCAGUUCGCCAAAGCGGCCGGUGCGACCGUGAUCGCCACCACUUCGUCCGCGCAAAAAGGCGAGAAGCUGAAGAAGCUCGGCGCCGACCAUGUCAUUAACUACAAGACCGAUACGAACUGGGGCGAGACGGCACGCAAAUUGACUCCCGGCGGAGCUGGUGUGGACUACGUUAUUGAGGUUGGUGGCACUGGCACCCUCGAACAGAGUUUCAAGUGCAUCAAGUACGAGGGUGUAAUUAGUGUCAUCGGGUUCCUUGGUGGUGUCGACCCCAAGGGCCAGCCCAGUAUCUUAGACACUCUGAGUAACAUUUGUACUGUUCGCGGAGUCUAUGUGGGUAGCAAGGCUCUAAUGAGAGAUAUGGUGCGGGCGAUUGAGGCCAAUGACAUCCACCCGGUGGUGGAUGAAAAGGUCUUUAAUCUGGACCAGGCCAGGGAGGCCUAUGAGUACAUGUGGGCUCAAAAGCACUUUGGAAAAUUGGCGAUCAAGAUCGCUUGA